GGCGUCCCGUCGUCAUGGCGGCCGUGCGGAAGCGGGUGCUGCUGGGCCUUCGAGACGCAGCGGUGCAAGGCUGCCCCACUGGGCCGGGCGCCUGGACUGCUAGCAAGCUGGGCGGCCUCCCGGACGCCCUGCCUGCGGUAGCCUCGCCGAGGCCAGUGUGUGAACGUUGCAGGCAACCGCUCGCCUUGGUCGUGCAGGUGUACUGCCCGCUGGAAAGUUCUCCGUUUCAUCGGCUUCUGCACGUUUUCGCUUGCCCCAGCCCCCGGUGCGGCAGCGGCGGGGCACGCAGCUGGAAGGUGUUCCGCUCCCAGUUCCUGCAGAUGCAAGAGAAAGAAGUGCCCGACACUCAGAAACAGGACAAUGGCCUUGCAGCUGAAGAUUGGUGUGAAGGUGCAGAUGACUGGGGAAGUGACAAUGAGGAGGCACCUUCACCACAGCUUUCCUUGGAUUUUGGAAAUGAUUCUAACAAUGCCAGAGACAUAGAUUGGACUGCCCAGCUCCAAGACCUCUGCCUUCAGGAUGCUGUCCGAGGUGCUGCUCUUCCUGUGCCGCCUGGGGAAGGAAUGGCCUUGCCUUCUGUGGUGCCGCAGUUCCUGUCCUACUACAUCUGUGUUGUAGAUGAGGAUGAUUACAGAGAUGUUGUCAGUCUAGAUCAUGCUCACUGUCUUCUCAGGGAAUAUCAACAGCGAGAAGGAAUUGACAUGGAACAGUUGCUUUCCCAAAGUCUUUCUAGUGAUGGUAAUGAAAAAUAUGAGAAGACCAUAAUUAGAAGUGGAGAUAAGACAUUUUACAAAUUCAUGAAGAGAAUUGCUGCUUGUCAGGAGCAGAUUUUGAGGUAUUCCUGGAGUGGAGAACCACUUUUUUUGACCUGUUCUACAUCAGGAGUCACUGAGCUCCCAACCUGCAGCCACUGUGGAGCCCAAAGGACAUUUGAGUUUCAGCUCAUGCCAGCACUGGUCAGCAUGCUGAGAAGUACUGAUUCAGGUCUCUCUGUGGAAUUUGGAACAAUUUUAAUUUACACAUGUGAGAAGAGUUGCUGGCCUCAAAAUCAGCAGACUCCCAUGGAAGAAUUUUGUAUUGUACAAGAAGACCCAGAUGAAUUAUUAUUGAAGUAGAAUAUUUCCCUUUAUUUAUAUAAAUGAAAACAACUAUUAAUGUCCAAAUUUGUGUUUUUACUGCAUUUUGACUUACCAAGUUAUCACUCUUGUUUUUAAGUGUUGUCUCACUUUCCAGCACCACGCUGGGACUGAAACGAGAUUUCAAACGUCGUGGCUGUGGGCUUAUCUAUCCUUCCAGGGGCAGUGGCCUUUGUUUUCCACAGUGGAAGCUUGGACUGGGACUCCUCUGUAGCCCAGAGGGCAGGUAUUCCCUGCACAUGCAGCCUGGUGGGCAUCUAGGAGGAAGAACAGUUGAAGAGCCAUGAGCAGUGGUCAGCAUCUAAUCACACCUGCUGCCUCUGCACCUUCCUGAACUCUGUUGAGGCCCCUGGAUGCUGAUAAAUCGAGCCACUCCACCUACUCCAGCCGCUUCAGGCUCUUAUCCUGUGACUCUAGCUGUUACAACUGCCUCCCCCCGCGCCCCCCCCCCCUUCUCCCACCUCACACUCCCUGCCCUCCUACUGUGGACUAAAAAGGGCCAUAUACUAAACCUGACAAGCUCAGGGGAGUCCUACAUGGAGGCUUUACAAACUCAGGGACUGAAAGUAAUCCCACAGGAUGGUCUGAACAUAAAACUUCCUAACUAAAAGCAAGUCAUGGUGGGUAGUCAUGUCCUAGACCUUCAGCUUCCUUAAUGAAGGUCACUCUUUACCUUCAGUGAACCUGUCUAUUGUCUUUUUCAUCUAAGAUAACAUACCUUUGAAAUCUGAGAGUGAUCUUUCCCAGACCUCUCAAGGCACGACUUUGGCACCGGAGCUCGACCACAGAACCUCAUACCAUCUCUGUGUGCUGUAGAUGUUAAAUUAUUAACUAUCCUGUACCCACCAGUGUAAAAGAAAUACGUUUCUCUAUUUUUCCCUACUUUGCUUUCUCUCAACUCUUAAUCUACUACCAAUGGAUUUCAUGUAACCCUCCUUAUGUCUCCUCUUUUUAUUCUGUGUAUAAAAUAAGCUGCAAAACUACCAUCUGGAGCAUUUUUUUAAUCUCUUCAGAUUUUGCUUCCUGUUGUCAAUUUAAACUAAAAAAUUCACUACAGGUUUGAACAUCUCUUAAGUUGACAC